CAUCUUGUGAUGAACCUUUCAUAUUUGCGACCAUCAACAACCAACCCGCGACUUUACUAACAUACAACAGCGAGGAUUUAAUAGGUUAUAGACGCAUAUUUCAUUGCGCUCUCGGCCUAUUCCAUUCCUCCUUCUCUUUUCUUUCUUCAUCCUGUCCGCCUCUUAAGUUUCCACCCGCGAAACCGUGGUGACGAUUCAGAAAGAUGUCGUCCUUCGAGCCUGUUGUCGUCAUUGAUGGCAAGGGUCACCUCCUCGGUCGACUCGCCAGUAUCGUCGCAAAGCAGCUCCUCAGCGGUCAGAAGAUCGUUGUCGUCCGCUGCGAGGCCCUUAACAUCUCCGGCGAAUUCUUCCGCGCGAAGCUCAAGUACCAUGCCUACCUUCGCAAGAUGACCCGAUACAACCCUACUCGAGGUGGCCCCUUCCACUUCCGUGCUCCCGGCAGAAUCUUCUACAAGGCCGUCCGUGGCAUGAUCCCCCACAAGACUGCCCGAGGUGCUGCUGCGUUAGAGCGAUUGAAGGUCUUUGAGGGUGUCCCCCCCCCUUACGACAAGCAGAAGAAGAUGGUUGUUCCCCAGGCUCUCCGUGUUCUCCGACUACAGCCCGGUCGCAAGUACUGCACCGUCGGUCGUCUAAGCCACGAAGUUGGCUGGAAGUACCAGGAUGUUGUUGAGCGAUUGGAGGAGCGACGUAAGGCGAAGGGUGCGGCGUACUACGAGCGCAAGAAGCUUGCGCUACGACAACUGUCGGAAGCCAAGAAGAACGCCAAGGUCGACACCAAGACGGUCAAGGCUCUCGAGUCAUUCGGCUACUAAUUGUUUCUUCGCCUCUUCUGCAUUUUCUUUCCGACCAAAACAAAUACCAACACCAACACAAUUCGUCUCAUACUUGCAACUAGAUCCGGCGUGAGGGUUAGGGAAACUCGAUCAUCAUAUUUGCACUUGUCAUACUGCGGAAUUCGAGGAAAGGCAGGGCGGUCAUGGGGUGAGGGAUAUAUUACCGGCUCCGGUCCUGUAUUCAACGAAUUUCGUCGUCUAGGCACCGAAUGAGAAAAACGACACUCAAGAAAGAGAA